CCACCUGUUCUUUAGUAAACGCUUUAAAGAGUUCACCUGGCCACCACAACUCCACGACAAAAUGGCCAUGCUUACGCGCAACGCCGCCACGCGCCUCCCUCUCCUCCUCCAAUCUCAACGCGCCUCCGCCGCCGCCGUCUCUCACAUCCACACAUCCCUCCCGUCCCUCUCCCCCUCGACAUCACCAACAUCCUACACCCGUCCAGGUCCUCCUUCAACCUCCCCUACUCCGCCGGGACUCUCGAAGACGGCGGAGUUCGUGAUCUCCAAGGUCGACGACCUCAUGAACUGGGCUCGCAGGGGAUCGAUCUGGCCCAUGACCUUCGGCCUCGCCUGCUGCGCCGUGGAGAUGAUGCACACCGGCGCCGCUCGCUACGAUCUCGAUCGGUUCGGUAUCAUCUUUAGGCCGAGUCCGCGUCAAUCGGAUUGUAUGAUUGUCGCCGGGACGCUUACGAACAAGAUGGCUCCUGCUCUUCGCAAGGUAUAUGAUCAAAUGCCGGAGCCAAGGUGGGUGAUAUCGAUGGGAAGCUGCGCCAAUGGAGGUGGAUACUACCACUACUCCUACUCGGUGGUUCGAGGGUGUGACAGGAUUGUGCCAGUGGACAUUUACGUCCCUGGGUGCCCUCCGACCGCUGAGGCUUUGCUCUAUGGACUCUUACAGCUUCAGAAGAAAAUCAACAGGCGCAAGGAUUUCUUGCAUUGGUGGAACAAGUGAUCAAAGCUUUAAAGUCUCAUCCUUCUUCCAAUGUGAAAGGGAGAGUUUUUUUUUCAGACAAAGGUUCGGGUAAUAAAAUGUGGAUGUUUCAGUGCAUGUUUCUUUGUGGAGAUGUAAACGAGUGAUUUUUUACAAGUUUUAUGUGGAUUCUUAUUUAUUUGAUCUAUUCACAAGCUCUUUGUUUCUCUC